AUGGCCAGACGCAGACAGGGACGGGCGGGCGCCUGUCAUCUCGCACCCAAUCCGUUAUCCACCUCGACUGCUCCCCUCCCUUUUGCCCUUUCCUCUUCUUCCGCCGCUCCUCCUCCCCCUUCUCCCACCUCCCACGCCGACACGCACAUCGCGGCCCACGACCAUCGAAGCUCGCCAUCUCGGCCUCCUUCGUCCCUCUCCCCUCCUCCUGAGCCUGCCGCCGUCCGGAGCGAGUGCACGGCGAGGUCGACGACCCGACACGACUCGCCGCCGCCGUCGCAGCAGCUCGUGCCACCCGCUCGCUCGCCGCUCGGAUCGACCACCACCCCCCCGCCUCCCACGCUCGUCCGUCGCCCACACUCGUCCGUCGCCCACGCUCGCCCCGUCGCCCACGCUCGCCCGUCCUCCCACGCUCGCCCGUCGUCCACGCUCGCUCGCCGCCGAGCACGCCGUCGUCGCCGGAUGCAAAGAGCAUAG